CCCUAACGGAAUAUUCCACUUUAAGUUGAUCGUUCCUACAUUCGUUCAAUAUUGCUAAAUUAGGGUCACGGCCACGUCCAAGGUACGAGUCUCACUUCAGAGCAACAUGAGUAGAGCAGAGGAUGAUCACAGGAGCAGAAGCCGGGAGAAAGAAAGAAAUGGGUACUGCUCAGGGAGAGAAAGGGAUGAUACCCACAUGGAUUCUUCACAUCGGUAUGUAAAUGGCGUCGGGUUGAACAGUUUAAUUGUGCGCGGAGAACCACCAGUGGAAGGGUUGAAUGAAUUCGAGCCAGGAGAACUUCGGCCAUCUUCGGCUUCUUAUCGAAGGAACAGAUUUUCGGAUGCUACAGUAGCAGGUUAUGAUAUGGAUCGAAGGAAGGAUUAUCUUCGCGCAGGUUCACAUUCCCCUCAGCACAGGAUCCCAGAGCCUUACGAACGUGAUCCUCACCACGAUGGAAGGUUCAGGGGAGGCAGAGGUCAUGGUAGGUUUGAAUAUCGGCCUACCCCUCAGAACCUAACCCGGAGUAUGGGAAGAGGAACUACAUUUUAUGGAAGAGAGUUUCCUAAGCCAGGUUAUGGAUAUGCUGAGCCAUUAAAUCCAGAAGGAGAAAGCAUGAGAAGAAAUGAUCCGAAUGUAACACCAAGGGAGGGAGAUUGGAUAUGCUCGGAACCCACGUGUGGGAAUCUAAACUUUGCAAGGAGAAAAGAAUGUAACAAAUGUGACAGGCCACGCAGUUACAUGGCUCCUUUUGGCAUGGGUGCAGGUGGCCCCCCUGGAGGGUUUCCAGUGCCACGACCACCUUUCAUGGGUGGUCCUCCUAUGGGACGUGGCCCAGGACGAGGGAUGGGUGACUUUAGACCAACACGUGGUGGGCGAGGCAGAGAUGGCCCCCAAGUAUUUGAUCAAAUGCCAGCUCCAAGACUGCGUGAAUGGUCGCCACCAGACUUCCAUUCUGGGAGAGAGACUAAGGAAAGACGAGAUUAUGAUGACUGUUACUCUUAUAAGGGAAGAGAAAGACCUGAGAAGAUUUCUCCUGUAGGCAGAGGGCCAGUGAUGGACCAUAGAGACAAAAUACGGGAGGACCGAAAAGGUGAUCGUGAUGUAGGGCCUAUUAUGGAUCACAGAUACAGAAUAAGGGAGGACCGAUUGCAUGAUAGAAGAGGCGAUCGUGAUGCAAGAAGUGAUUGGCGGCCACCAUCACCUCUUCCCCGCACUCGAUUGGUAAGAGAUUCACGGGACCAGAGUCAUUCUCCUGUCAGGAGUCCACCAAGAAACUAUAACAGAGAUUCAUAUGUGGAUGGGCUAAGAGAUGAAAGAAGAGAUGGUAGAAGGGACAGACGGCAUGAUGAAUACUAGAUUUGCGGCAUGCUGCAUUGUAAACACAAUUGGUUCAAGUGCUCAACUGAACAGUUCAACAUUUUAUAGAGUUGAUAUCUCUGCAUUCCGUUUUGAGUAUGACAUUAAAAACCGAUGGAAGUUCUUCCUUGAUUAGAUUGUCUAACGACUGCUGCAUUGUAUGGUAGACAUUAUGUCACGCUGGAUGUAUAGUCUUCUUUAAUUUAGUUGUUGUAUGGUACCGAAGGUAAAGUGCUUUGAAUAGAUAGCAACUGAACAUAAUGAUGGAAUGGAUGCCCCUUAAUCUAAUACUAAGAAUCGUAGGUUUUCUUGUGAAA